GCGGCGCGCAGUCCCAGAGUGCGAGGAGCGCGGCCGGACCUGCGGGAUGGGAAGGUCUCGCCCCGCGUGGCCGCUGCGGCUGCUGGCCGGGCUGGCGCUCCUGGGCGCGGCGCUGGAGGCGGCGGCGCCCCGCGACCUCAGCCUGCACCCGCCCUACUUCAACCUGGCGGAGGGAGCCCGCAUCGCCGCCUCGGCCACCUGCGGCGAGGAGGCCCCGGCGCGCGGCGCCCCGCGCCCCACGGAGGACCUCUACUGCAAGCUAGUGGGGGGCCCCGCGGCCGGCGGGGACCCCAUCCAGACCAUCCAGGGCCAGUACUGUGACAUCUGCACGGCCGCCAACAGCAACAAGGCGCACCCCGCGAGCAACGCCGUCGACGGCACGGAGCGCUGGUGGCAGAGCCCGCCGCUGUCCCGCGGCCUGGAGUACAACGAGGUCAACGUCACCCUGGACCUGGGCCAGGUCUUCCACGUCGCCUACGUGCUCAUCAAGUUCGCCAACGCCCCGCGGCCCGACCUCUGGGUGCUGGAGCGCUCCACCGACUUCGGCCUCUCCUACCAGCCCUGGCAGUACUUCGCCUCCUCCAGGAGGGACUGCCUGGAGCGGUUCGGGGCGCGGACGCUGGAGCGCAUCUCCCGGGACGACGACGUGGUCUGCAGCACCGAGUACUCCCGGAUCGUGCCGCUGGAGAACGGCGAGAUCGUGGUGUCGCUGGUGAACGGGCGCCCGGGGGCCACGAACUUCUCCUACUCGCCCCUGCUGCGCGACUUCACCAAGGCCACCAACAUCCGCCUGCGCUUCCUGCGCACCAACACGCUGCUGGGCCACCUCAUGGGCAAGGCGCUGCGGGACCCCACCGUCACCCGCCGGUACUAUUACAGCAUCAAGGACAUCAGCAUCGGCGGCCGCUGCGUCUGCCACGGCCACGCGGACGUCUGUGACGCCAGGGACCCCGCCGACCCCUUCAGGCUGCAGUGCGCCUGCCAGCACAACACCUGUGGGAGCGCCUGCGAGCGCUGCUGCCGCGGCUUCAACCGGCGGCCCUGGGAGCCGGCCACGCCCGACAGCGCCAACGAGUGCCAGCCCUGCCAUUGCCACGGCCACGCGGACGACUGCUACUACGACCCCGCGGUGGACCGGCACGGCGCCGGCCAGGGCCCCGGCGGCGUCUCCCGGGGCGGGGGCGUGUGCAUCGACUGCCAGCACCACACCACCGGCGUCAACUGCGAGCUGUGCCUGCCCGGCUUCUACCGCUCCCCGGACCACCCCCUGGACUCGCCCCACACCUGCCGGCGCUGCGACUGCGAGUCGGAGUUCACGGACGGGACGUGCGAGGACCUGACCGGCCGCUGCUACUGCCGGCGCAACUUCACGGGGGAGCGGUGCGAGGCGUGCGCCGCGGGCUUCGAGGGCUUCCCGCACUGCCACCCCGUGGCCCCCGCCCACAACAGCAGCGGGGCGCAGACGCUGCCGGCGGGACAGAUCGUGAACUGUGACUGCAAUGCCGCCGGGACCCAGGACAACGCCUGCCAGCGGGACGCGCGGGCCGGGCGCUGCCUGUGCAAACCCGGCUUCCAGGGCGACCACUGUGAGCUGUGUGCCCCGGGCUUCCACGGCCCCGACUGCCAGCCGUGCCAGUGUUCCAGCCCCGGGGUGCUGCACGGCGACUGUGACCGAGACUCUGGCCGGUGCACCUGCCGGGCGGGCUUCGAGGGGGCCGCGUGUGACCGCUGUGCCCCCGGCUACUUCCACUUCCCCCUCUGCCAGCUGUGCGGCUGCAGCCCUGCGGGGACCCUGCCCACGGGCUGCGACGAGGCCGGCCGCUGCCCCUGCCGGCCCGAGUUCGAAGGCCCCCACUGUGACCGCUGCCGCCCAGGCCACCAUGGCUACCCUGACUGCCGCGCCUGCAGCUGCGACCCCCACGGGGCCCUGGACCAGCUCUGCGGCGCGGGCGGGCUGUGCCGCUGCCGCCCUGGCUACGCCGGCGCCACCUGCCAGGAGUGCGGCCCCGGUUUCCACGGCUACCCCUCCUGCACCCCCUGCCACUGCUCGGCGGAAGGCUCCCUGCACGCCGCCUGCGACCCCCGCAGCGGGCAGUGCCGCUGCCGGCCCCGCGUGACGGGGCUGCGGUGCGAUGCCUGCGAGCCCGGCACCUACGGCUUCCCCGCCUGCGAAGCCGGCUCCUGCCACCCUGCUGGCCUGGCCCCGGGCGAUGGCGUCUUUUCCGAGACACAGGCCCCCUGCAGGUGCCGGGCGCACGUGGAGGGGCCAAGCUGUGACCGCUGCAAACCGGGGUUCUGGGGGCUGAGUCCCACCAACCCUGAGGGCUGCACCCGCUGCAGCUGCGACCCCAGGGGCACGCUGGGAGGGGCCGCCCAGUGCCAGCUGGGAAGUGGCCAGUGCUUCUGCAAGCCUCACGCCUGCGGCCAGACCUGCGCGGCCUGCAAGGACGGCUUCUUCGGGCUGGACCGGGCCGACUACUUCGGCUGCCGCAGCUGCCGGUGCAACGUCGGCGGUGCGCUGGGCCAGGGCUGUGAGCCGAGAACGGGCGCCUGCCGGUGCCGCCCCAACACCCAGGGCCCCACCUGCAGCGAGCCGGCGCGGAACCACUACCUCCCGGACCUGCACCACCUGCGCCUGGAGCUGGAGGAGGCAGCCACGCCCGAGGGCCACGCGGUGCGCUUCGGCUUCAACCCGCUGGAGUUCGAGAACUUCAGCUGGCGGGGCUACGCCCAGAUGGCGCCCAUCCAGCCCAGGAUCGUGGCCAGGCUGACCGUGACCUCCCCUGACCUCUUCUGGCUGGUCUUCCGCUACGUCAACCGCGGGCCCACCAGCGUGAGCGGGCGUGUCUCCGUGCAGGAGGAGAGCAAGUUUGCCGCCUGCACCAACUGCACGGAGCAGAGCCAGCCUGUUGUCUUCCUGCCCAGCACGGAGCCCGCCUUCGUCACUGUGCCUCAGAGGGGCUUUGGGGAGCCCUUCGUGCUGAACCCCGGCACCUGGGCCCUGCUCGUGGAGGCCGAGGGGGUGCUCCUGGACUAUGUGGCCCUGCUGCCCAGCGCCUACUACGAGGCCGCCCUGCUGCAGCUGCGGGUGACCGAGGCCUGCACCUUCCGGCCCGCCGCCCAGGGCUCCGCGGAGAACUGCCUCCUCUACGCCCACCUGCCCCUGGACGGCUUCCCCUCGGCCCCUGGGCCCGGGGCCCUGUGCCUGCAGGACAACAGCCUGCCUCGGCCCUGCCCGACGGAGCAGCUCAGCCCCUCGCACCCCCCGCUGGUCCUCUGCCGGGGCAGCGACGUGGAUGUCCAGCUGCAGGUGGCGGUGCCCAGGCCGGGCCGCUACACCCUGGUGGUGCAGUACGCCAACGAGGCGGCCCGCCAGGAGCUGGGCGUGGCUGUGCACACCCCCCGGCAGCCCCCCCAGCAGGGGGUGCUCACGCUGCACCCCUGCCUGUACAGCACGCUAUGCCGGGGUGCCGCUCUGGACCACCAGCAGCUCCCAGCGGUCUUCCAGCUGGACACGGACGCCAGCAUCCGGCUCACUGCAGAGCAGGCCCACUUCUUCCUGCACAGCGUCACUCUGGUGCCCGUGGAGACAUUCAGCCUGGAGUUCGUGGAGCCCCAGGUCCACUGUGUCAGCAGCCACGGGGCCUUCAGCCCCAGCAGCGCCACCUGCCUGCCCUCCCGCUUCCCGAAGCCGCCCCAGCCCAUCAUCCUCAGGGACUGCCAGGUGCUGCCGCUGCCACCCAGCCUCCCGCUGACCCUCUCGCAGGAGCUCACGCCGGGCACCGCCCCACCGGGGCCCCAGCCUCGGCCCCCCACCGCUGUGGACCCCGACGCAGAGCCCACCUUGCUGCAGCACCCCCAGGGAACGGUGGUCUUCGCCACCCACGUGCCUGCCUUGGGCCGCUACGCCUUCCUGCUGCACGGCUACCAGCCCGACCACCCCAGCUUCCCGGUGGAGGUCCUCAUCAACGGCGGCCGCGUCUGGCAGGGCCAUGCCAACGCCACCUUCUGCCCACAUGCCUACGGCUGCCGCGUCCUGGUGGUGUGUGAGGGCCGGGCCGUCCUGGACGUGACCGACAGCGAGCUCACCGUGACUGUGCGCGUGCCCAAGGGCCGGUGGUUGUGGCUGGAGUACGUGCUGGUGGUCCCCGAGGACGCCUACAGCCCCAGCUACCUCCGGGAGGAGCCCCUGGACAAAUCCUACGACUUCAUCAGCCAGUGUGCCAGCCAGGGCUACCACAUCAGCCCCACCAGCUCGUCCCAGUUCUGCCGUGACGCCGCCACCUCCCUGUCCCUCUUCUACAACAAUGGGGCUCGGCCUUGCGGCUGCCACGAAGUGGGUGCCACCGGCCCUACCUGUGAGCCCUUUGGGGGCCAGUGUCCCUGCCGUGCGUACGUCAUUGGCCGAGACUGCUCCCGCUGCGCCACCGGCUACUGGGGCUUCCCCAACUGCAGGCCCUGCGACUGCAGUGGCCGCCUGUGCGAGGAGCUGACCGGCCGCUGCAUCUGCCCGCCUCGCACCGUCCCGCCCGCGUGCACCGUCUGCCAGCCCCACACCUUCGGCUGCCACCCGCUGGCCGGCUGCGAGGAGUGCAACUGCUCGGGCCCCGGGGUGCAGGAGCUCACCGACCCCACCUGCGACAAGGACAGCGGCCAGUGCAAGUGCAGACCCCACGUGGCUGGGCGCCGCUGUGACACCUGCGCCCCAGGCUUCUACGGCUACCCCGGCUGCCGCCCCUGUGACUGCCUGCACGCCGGCUCUGCGCCCGGCGUGUGCGACCCCGUCACAGGCCAGUGCCGCUGCAAGGAGAACGUCCAGGGCCCCAGAUGUGACCAGUGCCGCGUCGGGACCUUCUCCCUGGACGCUGCCAACCCCAAAGGCUGCACUCGCUGCUUCUGCUUCGGGGCCACGGAGCGCUGCCGCAGUUCCACCCACGGCCGCCAGGAGUUCGUGGACAUGGAGGGCUGGACGCUGGUGAGCGGCGACCGGCAGGUGGUGCCCCACGAGCUGCGGGAGGAGGGCAGCCUGCUCUACGCGGACCUGCGGCGAGUCCCCGAGGGCUCCCCGGAGCUGUACUGGCAGGCGCCCCCCUCCUACCUGGGGGACCGGGUGUCAUCCUACGGGGGGACCCUCCGCUACGAGCUGCACUCGGAGAUCCAGCGUGGAGACGUGUUCCUCCCCACGGAGAGCAGGCCGGACGUGGUGCUGCAGGGCAACCAGAUGAGCAUCAUGUUCCUGGAGCCGGUGUACCCGGAGCCCGGCCGCGGGCACCGCGGGCAGCUGCAGCUGGUGGAGGGGAACUUCCGGCACGCGGAGACGCACAGCCCCGUGUCCCGCGAGGAGCUCAUGAUGGUGCUGGCCGGCCUGCAGCAGCUGCAGAUCCGCGCGCUCUUCUCCAGGGUCUCCUCCGCCGUCUCCCUGCGCGGGGUGGCGCUGGAGGUGGCCGGCGAGGCGGGCAGGGGGCCUCCGGCCAGCAGCGUGGAGCUGUGCAUGUGCCCCGCCAACUACCUGGGGGCCUCCUGCCAGGAAUGCGCCCCCGGCUACUACCGGGACGUCAAAGGGCUCUUUUUGGGUCGCUGUGUCCCCUGUCAGUGCCACGGCCACUCAGACCUCUGCGUCCCUGGCACGGGCACCUGCGUGGGCUGCCAGCACAACACCGAGGGCGACCACUGCGAGCGCUGCCAGGCCGGCUUCGUGCGCAGCGGGUCCGAGGACCCCGCAGCCCCCUGCGUCAGCUGCCCCUGCCCCGUUUCGGUGCCUUCCAACAACUUCGCGGUGGGCUGCGUCUUCACGGGGGGCCGCGCGCAGUGUCUGUGCAAACCUGGCUACGCGGGAGCGUCCUGCGAGCGGUGCGCCCCCGGCUUCUUCGGGAACCCGCUGGUGCUGGGCAGCUCGUGCCGGCCCUGCAACUGCAGCGGCAACGGGGACCCCAACCUGCUCUUUAACGACUGCGACCCCCUGACGGGCGCCUGCCGCACCUGCCUGCACCACACCGCCGGGCCCCACUGCGAGACCUGCGCCCCCGGCUUCUACGGCAACGCCCUGCUGCCAGGAAACUGCACCCGGUGCGACUGCUCCCCGUGUGGGACAGAGGCCUGUGACCCCCACAGUGGACAGUGUUUGUGCAAGGCCGGUGUGACAGGGCCUCGCUGUGACCGUUGCCAGGAAGGACAUUUCGGCUUCGAGGGCUGUGGGGGUUGCCGCCCGUGCGCCUGCGGACCAGCCUCCGAGGGCUCUGACUGCCACCCCCAGAGUGGGCAGUGCCACUGUCGGCCUGGGGCGGGGGGGCUCCAGUGCCGAGAGUGUGCUGCCGGCCACUGGGGCCGCCCUGAGCAAGGCUGCAGGCGUUGCCAGUGCCAGGGGGGCCACUGUGACGUGCACACAGGCCGCUGCAUGUGCCCCCCGGGGCUCAGCGGGGACCGCUGUGACACCUGCAGCCAACAGCACCAGGUGCCGGUGCCUGGCCGGCCCGGGGCCCCCGGUGUGCACUGCGAAGUGUGCGACCACUGCGUGGUGCUGCUGCUGGAUGACCUGGAGCGGCUCGGCGGCCUCCUUCCCACCAUCCGGGAGCAGCUGCAGGGCAUCAACAUCAGCUCUGCGGCCUGGGCCCGGCUGCACAGGCUGAACGCCUCCAUCGCCGACCUGCAGAACCAGCUCCGGAGCCUGGGAGGCCCCCUCCACGAGACCGUGCGGCAGCUGGAGGCACUGGAGGGGCAGAGCGAGAGCCUCGGGCAGGACACCCAGCGGCUGGACGGACAGGCCACAGGGGCCCGAGUUCAGGCUGGCCAGCUGCUGGCCAGCACGGAGGCGACACUGGGCCGGGCACAGACACUGCUGGAGACCGUCCAGGCUCUGGGCCGAACCCUGAGCGAGCUGGUGACAGAGCACCUGCUGCCGGCCAACGCCACGGCCCCGUCGGGCGAGCAGCUGCGCCGGACCCUGGCCGAGGUGGAGCGGAUGCUCAGGGAGAUGCGGGCCCGCGACCUGGGGGCCCCCUGGGCGGCAGCUGAGGCCGAGCUGGACGAGGCCCAGAGAUUGCUGGCCCGAGUGCAGGAGCAGCUGACCAGCCGCUGGGAGGGGAACCAGGCCCUGGCCGCCCGCACCCGGGAGCAGCUGGCGCAGCAUGAAGCCGGCCUCAUGGACCUGCGGGAGGCCCUGAACCGGGCAGUGGGCACCACGCGGGAGGCCGAGGAGCUCAACAGCCGCAACCAGGAGCGUCUGGAGGAGGCACUGCGUCGCAAGCAGGAGCUGUCCCGGGACAACGCCACUCUGAGCAACACCCUGCAGGCAGCCAGGGAGACCCUGGCUCGGGUCUCGGAGCUUCUGCAGGGCAUGGACCGGGCCAAGGAGGAGUACGAGCGCCUGGCCGCCAGCCUGGACGGAGCCCGGGCGCCACUGCAGGAGAAGAUCCGGGCCUUCGCCUCCAUCGACAGCAAGGUGGAGCUGGUGGAGGCCGCCGAGGCCCAUGCAUGGCAGCUGGACCAGCUGGCGCACAACCUGUCCAGCAUCAUCCUCGGAGUCAACCAGGACCGCUUCAUCCAGCGCGCCAUCGAGGCCGCCAACGCCUACAGCAGCAUCCUGAGAGCCGUGCAGGCCGCCGAGGGUGCCGCGGGCCAGGCGCUGCAGCAGGCUAGCCGCACAUGGGAGACGGUGGUCCAGCAGGGCCUGGCUUCCCGGGCCCGGGAGCUGCGGGCCAACAGCAGCGCCCUGGAGGAGGCUAUUCUCGGGGAGCAGCAGAGGCUGGGCCGCGUGUGGGCCACACUCCAGGGCACCGGGACCCAGCUCAGCGACGCCCGGGCCAGGAAGGAGCAGCUGGCAGCCAGAGUGCGGGAGGUGCAGGCCAUGCUGGCUAUGGACACAGACGAGACCAGCAAGAAGAUCGCCAACGCCAAGGCAGUAGCCGCCGAGGCCCAGGACACGGCUGCCCGCUUGCAGUCCCGGCUCCGGGACAUGCAGAGGAACCUGGAGCAGUGGCAGGGCCAGUACGGCGGUCUGCAGAGCCAGGACCUGGGCCAGGUGGUGCUCGACGCAGGCCGCUCAGUGUCCACCCUGGAGAAGACGCUGCCACAGCUGCUGGCCAAGCUGAGCCUCCUGGAGAACCGCGGGGCACACAACACCAGCCUGGCCCUGUCCGCCAGCAUCGGCCGCGUGCGGGAGCUCAUCGCCCAGGCCCGAGGCGCCGCCAGCAAGGUCAAGGUGUCCAUGAAGUUCAACGGGAACUCGGGGGUGCAGCUGCGCGCCCCCCGGGACCUCAGCGACCUUGCCGCCUACACCGCCCUCAAGUUUUACCUGCAGAGCCCGGAGCCAGGGGCCAACCAGUCCUCCGAGGACCGGUUCGUGCUGUACAUGGGCAGCCGCCAGGCCACUGGCGACUACAUGGGUGUGGCCCUCCGGGACCAGAAGGUGCACUGGGUGUACCACCUGGGGGCCGCGGGCCCCGCCAACCUCAGCGUCGACGAGAACAUCGGGGAGCAGUUUGCGGCCGUCAGCAUCGACAGGACCCUCCAGUUCGGCCACAUGUCUGUGACGGUGGAGAACCGGGUGAUCCAGGAGACCAAGGGCGACACGGUGGCCCCUGGGGACGAGGGGCUGCUCAGCCUGCAGCCCGACGACUUUGUCUUCUACGUGGGGGGCUACCCCAGCAGCUUCACGCCGCCGGAGCCGCUGCGCCUCCCCGGGUACAAGGGCUGCAUCGAGGUCGGCACGCUCAACGAGCAGGUGAUCAGCCUCUACAACUUCGAGCAGACCUUCCAGCUCAACACCGCGGUGGACAAGCCCUGUCCGCGCUCCAAGUCGACUGGAGACCCGUGGCUCACAGACGGCUCCUACCUGGAGGGCUCCGGCUUCGCCCACAUCAAGGCGGCCAGUCCGUCGGGCAACACCAAGCGCUUCGACCAGGAGCUGCGGCUGGUGUCCUCCAACGGGAUCAUCUUCUUCCUGCAGCACCAGGGCCAGUUCCUGUGCCUGGCGGUGAUGGACGGCAGUCUCCACCUCCUCUACGACUUCGGCGAGGGCCUGAAGGAGGCCGUUCCGCUGACGACCCCGCCGCUCCUGACCUCGGCCAGCAAGGCGAUCCAGGUGCUCCUGCUGGGGGGCGGCCGCCAGCGCGUGCUGGUGCGCGUGGAGAGGGCCAACGUGUUCAACGUGGAACAGGACAACGUGCUGCAGCAGGCCGACUCCUACUACUUAGGGGGCGUGCCUCCGGACCAGCUGCCCCCGAGCCUGCUGCGGCUCUUCCCCACCGGCGGCUCCGUGCGCGGCUGCGUGAAGGGCAUCAAGUCGCUGGGCAAGUACGUGGAUCUCAAGCGGCUGAACACCACGGGCAUCAGCGCCGGCUGCACCGCGGACCUGCUGGUGGGACGGGCCAUGACCUUCACCGGACGCGGCUUCCUGCCCCUGGCGCUCCCAGACGUCGCGCCCCUCACUGGCCAAGUCUAUUCUGGCUUCGGCUUCCGCAGCACCCAGGACAGCGGCCUGCUCUACCACAGAGCCUCCCCGGACGGGCUGUGCGGCGUGUCCCUGCAGCAGGGCCACGUGACCCUGCGGUAUGUGAGGACCGAGGUGAGGUCGUCAGGGAACCUCGCGGACGGUGCCCCCCAUUACGUCGCUUUCUACAGCAACGCCACAGGGGUCUGGCUGUACGUGGACGACCAGCUUCAGCAGAUGGUGCCCCACCGCGGGCCCCCCGCCAGGCCCCGGCCCCAGCCCGUGGAGCCCCCCCGGCUCCUCCUGGGGGGCCUGCCUGAGCCGGACACCUACCGUAACUUCAGUGGCUGCAUCAGCAACGUUUUCGUGCAGAGGCUCGAGGGGCCCCAGCGCGUGUUUGACCUGCAGCAGAACUUGGGGGGUGUCAGUGUGAGCUCAGGCUGCGCCCCGGCCCCCAGGCCCCCGACAUCACCUGCACCUCAAGGACUACAGGGCACAGCGGCUCGGAAGGCCUCCCGGCGCAGCCGGCAGCCCGCCCAGGACCCCGCCUGCACGCCACAGCCCCUCGGGAUCCUCCAGGGCACCUACCAGUUUGGGGGCCCCCUGCCCAGUUACCUGGAGUUCACAGGCCUCCCAGCGCCCCUUAGCAAUCGGUCCCGCCUCUCGAUGCUGGUCCGCCCCCGCUCCCGGAGCGGGCUCCUGGCCCUCGCCGUGCCCCGGGCGCCCGGCAGCCCCGCCCUGGCCCUCUUCCUGAGCCACGGGCACUUCGUGGCUCAGACGGCGAGUGGCCCUGUGCCCCGGCUCCGGGUUCAGAGCCGCCUGCGUGGUCAGGCCGGCCGGUGGCACCGGGUGUCUGUGCGCUGGGACAAGUCUCGGAUCCAGCUGGGCGUGAACGGGGUCUGGGCCCAGGGCUGGGAGGAGACGGACAAGCGGCACCGGGGGGCCCAGGCCCCCCGGCCCCACACCCUCUUGGUGGGGAGUCUUCCUCUUGGCAGCCAGCACAGCCCCAGGCUUCCGGCGGCCGUGAGCAGUGCCCAGUUCAGCGGCUGUGUGAAGAGGCUGGCCCUGGACGGGCGGCUCCUGAGGACCCCCCACAUGAUGGUGGGGGUCAUGCCCUGCCUCUCAGAGCCCCUGGAGCGGGGCCUCUUCUUCGCCAGUGGCGGGGGAGCCCUCACUCUAGACACCCUGGGGGCCAGCCUGCCCAAUGUGAGCCUGCAGCUGGAGGUGCGGCCGCGGACAGCCACCGGCCUCCUCUUCCACCUGGGCCGCCUCCAGGCGCCCCCCUACCUACAGGUGCAGGUGCUGGGGAAGCAGGUGCUGCUGCGGGCAGACGACGGAGCAGGCGCGUUCUCCGCCGCCGUGACGCUCUCCAGGGCCCUGUGUGACGGGCAGUGGCACCAGCUGGCAGUGACCAAAGGCGGGAGCGCCCUGCGGCUGGAGGUGGACGGCCAGAGCAGCCGGACCCUGGGCCCCACGCCGGAGGCCUCAGCGCACACCCCGGUGCCCCUGCACCUCGGCGGCCUGCCCGAACUCGAGGACACGCAGGACGGGCCCCCGACCCUGCCGCGCCCACGGCCUCCGGGUUUCCAGGGCUGCAUGAGGAGCCUGACGGUGAACGGGUCCCCGGUCACGCUGCCGCGCUCCGCGGGCGUCCAGGGCGCAGUGGCGGCCAGCGGCUGCCCAGGCGGGCGGGGUCCUGCCUCCUGGAAAACCCGCUCCAGCGAACAGCCGGCCACCCAGGCCGCCCGCGGCCGGGCCCGUGGAUGAAGUCCGUGGGGUUUCUCUGCACACGGCGGGUGACCUCGUUUCCAGGAACCGUUUAAGUUAUGUCUUUUUACACAGGAGGGAAUACAAUAAAACUGGGUUUUUAUACUUCU